UGGUAAGGCAUCACCAUUACUUUGCUCAGCUGUAUGCAAACAGGUGGCAGCAACACCGUCAGCUGUUGAAAUGAUAGCCGAGCCAAGAUUUUCAUAAUAACUAAACAAUUGUAUUUUUUGUAAAAUAUUAACAUAUGCAACUUACUAAUUAAAGAGUGAAUAUAUAUAAUUAUUGCGAGGAUCAAAGGAAUGCAUUCUCAAUAUAUAACAUUACAUGGCGGCAGUAGGGAUAUGCAUAAUCGUUGCUGCGGGGGGCGUGCUUGGUGUGUAAAGGAUAUUUGUGGUAUUGUAUGCGCGGUGUUUACAUGGCUGCUAAUACUCUUCGCGGAAUUCGUCGUAAUGCGUGUAAUACUACUUCCAAGUCCAUAUCCGGUGUAUAGUACAAUAAACAUUAUAAUAUUCCAAUUACUUGCCUUUCUCGCUUUCGCCUCGCAUAUUCGUACAAUGUUGUCAGAUCCCGGUGCAGUUCCACGGGGAAAUGCAACAAAAGAAAUGAUCGAACAGAUGGGUUACCGUGAAGGUGAAAUGUUCUUCAAGUGCCCGAAAUGUUGCAGCAUUAAACCGGAACGCGCCCAUCACUGCUCAGUAUGUCAGCGUUGUAUUCGCAAAAUGGACCAUCAUUGUCCUUGGGUGAAUAAUUGCGUCGGUGAAAAUAAUCAGAAAUACUUUGUACUAUUUACGUUUUACAUUGCUGCUAUAUCCAUACAUGCUAUGUUCUUAGUUGUCACUGAAUUCGCGCAAUGUGUGCAUACGGAAUGGCGACAAUGUUCCCCAUAUUCACCUCCAGCAACGAUAUUUUUGUUACUCUUUUUAUCAUUCGAAGCGUUAUUGUUUGCAAUUUUUACUCUUAUUAUGUUGGCUACACAAUUAACUGCCAUAUUUAAUGACCAAACGGGUAUAGAACAAUUAAAAAAAGAAGAAGCACGUUGGGCAAAAAAAUCUCGCCUAAAAAGCAUACACUCAGUAUUUGGACGUUUUUCUCUGGCCUGGUUCUCACCGUUUACGAAGCCAUCAUGGCAAACGAAAUUCAAUUCGCAUUUCUAUUCGGUUUAGAUCGAGUGAGCUUCGCUUUUAAUACCAAUGUAAUAUGUGUACCCUAUUUAAAUGGUAAAUGAUAUAAUGAAUAUUUGUUGUUAACACUGGUCUACAUUGGUUUUGUUGCCCUAGAUGCAAUUAAUCGAUUUUAAAUAUAUUUGUGCCUACAGUUCAUGAAACUACCAAUUGCUUUGUAAGAUUUGCUCUCAAUUACUUUUAAAUCUUUGUUUUCAUUUUACUUGACAAAAAUCAGAAAAUAUUAUACAAAAUAACUGAAAUCUUUGUAAUUUCGCUUUUGUUUUGAAAAAAUAAGGAGGCAUCGAAGUAAACAAAGAGACAAAUCUCGAAAACAUAUGUUAUAUUUUAAGAAAACUCCUUUUAUGAUAUUUUCUUUUAUAACUUUCCAGUCGACAAUCGUUUUUUUUUAAAUUGCAGUAAUGAGCCGUCAUCUGACGAUGCAAUAUCUUUUCUCCAUUACGUUUAGAUUCAAGUUGAAUAGCUCCCCUGAUCCUCAUUAUAAUUUCGAAAAAUAUUUUAAAAUGUAUCAAAAUUAUUACGGAGAUAUCCUAGCUUGAUACUCAAUUUCUUCUAACAAACCGGUAUUUAUCAAAACAUUACAUAUGCUAUUAUCUUAAAAACAAGAGCACAUUGAAUAUUUUCAUGAAUAAGGUCGUAAUCCGGGCACUUGAAAGUAUAAAAAUUUGCUGAGAUCCAGGGCAACAAAAUUGUUUUUGAAGACCUGUGUAAUUAUUACAAUCAGCUUCGACUUACUCAGCUAGCUUUACUAUUUGCAAAUAUAAUAAUUAUUUGCAAUAAAUACUUUGAAGAAGCAUAAUAUAUAAGAAUACAAUUUGCGAAGUUUCGAAAAUGUAAUUUUGCUAUAAUUUCAUCUAUACAGCCAAAAAAGUCGUGUUAAUUUACAUAUGUAUAUGAAAAUAGUGAAAAGCAUGCUUUAUUUGACGUAUAAUUAGCAAAUGCAAUAUGAUUAAAAAUAAUUAUAUAUAUUUAACUUUGACAACAUCUCUGAUAUUUAAAGAGCAUUAAAUAAUAUAAUAAACACUGUUAUAUAUUGUUAUAGAUCAAUAUAUAUUAUUAGCUAUUCUCAUUGAAAUUUUGGUUAUAAGCAAAUGAUUUCAAAGAAAGUCCGAAAAAUGUCAUUAUGUCAAAAAGAUAAUAAUCAUAAAUACUAUUGUUUACUAUUAUUUUUGAAAAUUUAUAUUCGAAAUUGUAUUGUGUUAAACGUAAAUUUUAAUAAUUCAAUGAAGUAGUUAGCGAACGCAAUUGGGUAAAAUACAUAGGUAUAAUAUAAUCAGUAGUUAAAGAAAAAAAUUAUAUAUUUAUGUCCUAAAUUUUUUAUUAAAACUCAACACUAUAAUAUUUUCGUUUUUAUUGAUUUGAACUUCAAAUCAAAGACUAAAAUUAAGUAUGAAUAUACCUUUGUACAUAAAUAUAUAUUUUUUUAUAUUAUUAAGAAUAUUGUAUUCUUUGAUCUUUAUUAAUAUUUAAUAAUAUUAACUGCUAUGAAAAUAGUUGUAAACACGUCACUAAAACAAAAUAUACGAAUAAUUUAUAGUUAUGUGUAUGAAUAUGAUUAAAAUAUAUUAAGAAAUAUUGAGAUGAAGGAACGAACAAACUACUACUACAUACUAUAUUAUAUUUUAUACUAAAAAAUCAUAAUAACUAAUUGAGAUAUUAUUUGAAGUAUAUAAAAAUAUAAAGAGUGGCGAUUUGCAAUAAAAUUUCAUUUCAUUAAUAAAUACUUGUUUAUGAAAUGUUUUUUCUACUUUUCUAUUUGGUAGGUUUGUAAGCAUUAAAUAUCUUUUCGCAGAUGCUAUUGACCAAUUACACUGCGCGUCACCAGAUUAACGCACCUUCAUUAGUUUAAUAAAAUUGUUUGUGAGUUUUUUGU